UGAGCCAUGACACUACAUCCUGAAGCCUGAGCUGUGUUGAUGAUCCCUGAACGCAGCAAAAACACGCACACUGUUUGAGAGCAGCGCGACGUUUUCUUCGAACACCAUUUUAAAGCUGUUAGAGGGACUCGCAGCUGUAUUCCCCCUCUCUAGUCACUGAGCCACACCGCAGUCUGAACAUGGCGACAGAUGAGCUGUCGUCGAAGCUCAGCCGACGACUUCAGAUAGAAGACGGAGCCGAGGACCCUGUGGCCCUGGACCCGCCCGGACACCAGAAUGGCUCCGAGGAGAAGCCAAGCACCGCCAACGCAGAUUCGGAGUUGGGCGCCAAACUGUCCCGGAGAGGAGAGCUGAACGAGGGCCAGGGUGAGCACUGUCAGCCCAGCAUGAAGGUCUUCAACCCCUACACCGAGUUCAAGGAAUUCUCCCGAAAGCAGAUCAAGGACAUGGAGAAAAUGUUCAAAAUGUAUGAUUCUGGGAAAGACAACUACAUUGACCUCAUGGAGCUGAAGUUGAUGAUGGAGAAGCUUGGUGCUCCACAGACACACAUUGGCUUGAAGAAUAUGAUCAAGGAGGUGGACGAGGACCUGGACAACAAACUCAGCUUCAGAGAGUUCCUGCUGAUUUUCAGGAAGGCAGCAGCAGGAGAGCUGUCAGAGGACAGUGGCCUCUGUGUCCUUGCUCGCCUCUCUGAAAUCGAUGUCUCUACAGAGGGGGUCAAAGGAGCCAAGACCUUCUUUGAAGCUAAAGUCCAGGCCAUCAAUGAGUCCAGCCGGUUUGAAGCAGAGAUUCGCCAGGAGCAGGAGGACAAGAAGAAGCAGGCUGAGGACCAGAAACAAAGACGAGCAGCUUUCAAAGACCUACAGUCAGCCUUCAAUUGACCACCCUUCUCUCAUCUCAGGACCUUUCACUCUGUGCUGCACAAAGUCAAUGAGUGUUUUUUAAUGCGCCAUGUAUGUUAGGCAGUGGUAGUCCUGAGUCAGCUCAAUGUCCCAUACAUGUUUAUCAAUAGUCAGACUAGGUACACAAUGAAAUAAUUACCACUGUCUAUGCUUAUGCAGAUAAUAUAUAGAAAAUCAAUGAUUCAUUUGUAUAUUUAACUCUCUAGCUCGGUCACGCCUUCUAAUAUUGAUAAAAGUUUAGUGCAGGAUUGUCAGUAGAGAAGUCUUUGCUGAUCUAAAUGAAAGGUUCUCACAGUAUCUUGUCAUUAGGCAUAGCGUCUGCAAUUUCAAAGAAUCUAUUUUUACCCAAAUAUCUACUGUGGCGCACUGUGCUGGCACUUUGGGGCUGCUGACCCAGAGGGCUUCGGCAAAACAAAACAAAUGAUUACUUUACAGGGUAUUAAAAUCUGGUCUCAUAGAGUUGUAAACGGGUGUGCAGUGCGUUGGCAUCUAAUAAACCUUCAAACUGUUGCUCAAAUCAGCCUUUACUAGUUUGACAGUCUCCACUGUACCUGUUACGACAAGCACACACCAACACAGCUCCCAGUACCUGCUGUGUUUGGACAGAUAGCUCUUAGAUUCAUCCUAAACUGUAGUUGAAAUGACUCAAGUCUCAUUCCUAGUAUUCGCAUCGAGUGGUGAUGAAUGCACUUAAUGAACUCUCCUGACUACAGUGUCAGCUUGCUUAAACUAUAUUUGAUUAACUUUACUCAUUAAAGAUUUCAGUCCACAGUGACACUUAACAGUCUCAUAAUAUGCUUGCCACAUAAUAAUGUCACAUGUUGAAGAAAUAGCUGAGCUCUGCAGUUUUAGUGUCACCAACUUCAUUGCUGACAUCAGGGGAUGUUUUGACUGCGUUGUAUUGCUUAAAUUUGGAGUUCACUUCAACCACAUGAGCCAUCAGACUGUUUGAAAUCUACAGUUGUCUACAGUCUACUUGGUUCAGGUAAUGGCUGAUAUGAUUCAGGAAAUACUUAUUUUUUUACCUGCAUUUACUUUAGUUGUCAUUUCCCGAUCAAUAGUUGAGUGGUUUGGACUUGCGUACCCAGAGAAAAAAUGUCACUAAAGCCGAUUUUAGACAUGACCUUCGGAGAAUAUCUGGAGAAUUGGGUCUGGAUUUUCUCCAGAGUCUGCCUUUCACACAGCACAAUAGGAGAUUCUCCGCUCAGACACCUUCGUUAAGGGGUGAUGCAGCAGAGGCAGUACGUAAUGCUGUGGUAUCACGUGUUUUUUUGUUUACCGUACAUGGACACCGGUGUCGGCCAAAAGAUCUCUUGACAACCUUGUCUGUGUCUUUUACAUCUAUGGCUCUGCUUCUUCAUCUGUUCAUUUCACACUCACCCGCUCAUGGUUAACCCUUCGGAUGAUCUCCUGCUGUUCUCUCACCCCGGCUAAUUCAGACUGCCUCUGGCUUUAAUACUAGGGGAGGUCCGGAGGCUUUCACUCGGACAUUUGCGUUCACACACAUAGCCCUUCUGGAGAAUGUCUGGAGGUUAUGGGUCUCCGCAUUCCUGAAAUCAGCUUGAGUAAAAUGCUUCAAUAACUGAAAGGAAUGAUCAAAAUUUUGAAAAAAAGUCCCACGCGUUAGAUUUUUUUGAAAACUUCUCCCACUCUACGUUCUCUCACCUGAUUAACCUGGAGGUUUAACACACAAUAUCACAUGUGCCAUUAUAGCAGUUAGACUAGUGACACUUACACUGUUUUACAUUCUCAUGGUAAAAUCAUAACUAAUGUGAAAUCCUCGACCGGUAGUUGAAACCAGCCUUUUCCUAAUCAGCCCUUUUCUGUUGCCCUUACUAUGUGAAACCCUAGUGUAUUUUUUGUAAUCAGGUAAAUAAUUUAUCAAACAAAGUUGCGCGUUUUGAACUAACUUGAUAAUUUGUUGUAAGUGUCUUUAUCAAGAACUUUGGAUUAAACUUGAUGUAAAUGUUACAUUUAAUCCAAGAUUAAAUGUCCCUGUCUUUAAAACAUGGUGUUAAUCCUGAAGAUUGUGUGGCUGAUGGGGCUCAUAAAUGCACAGACAGCAACCCCGAGCUAAUCAGUAAAAUAACUGGUACUCUAUAUAGUCAGAUAAUGCGUUGCCAUUUAUUUGUAAAAUAAUCAGGGAAUAGUAUGGGAUGUUUUAACAUACACUCAUCUUUAACAAAUAAAUGUAUAAUUACACCUGUUGGCCACCAGUUGGUACAGAUUUUCAAAAAAUCUAUUUUAAGUAUGCAGCCUAUGAGAACAAAUCAACAAAUGAACAGGUCACACAGAUCAGGCUCGUGUUUGUUUCAAAUUUUAAUAUUUGAAACAUAAACAGUGUUUUGUUUGUGGCUUUAACUGAAUUAGCUUCUUGUUAGUUAAGUUAAUGGACCAAUGCACCCAUACUGUACAUGCAAGGGUAAUUUCCCUUUCAGUAGUUUUGUAUUUAUAGCAUAUAGUAUUGAUUUAAUUGACAAUGUUAUGAACUGAUCCAAACGUUGUAUCCACAUGAGUGACUCCAAGCUACUAAAUAUAAAGCUUGAGUGUGAUACACUUUACAUAUUAUUACACAUUGGCACCUUAUGUAUCAGAAAUAUAUAUUCUUAUGAAUGCUGUAUCCAACCAUUAUGACCAAUUCCUUCAUUAUUUCAAAUGAUUUAUAAAACAGGCGCAGUGUAUUUAAUGAGUCGUUGAUUUUUACAUGAUCUUCAGGAUUAUCCCAUAAUAUAAUCUAAAUCUGAGAUCUCUAAUUUUUGUAUGAUGUCAUAGAGGGAUUUCAAAUCUUUAUAGGAGAGAUCGUUAUUUUAGCUUUUGAGCCAGGUUGUAAAUGUAUUGGGGACACAUGUUUGGUUAGAACUACAUCAAAUAAUAUGCAAGAGCCUUUAGUGUAGUUAUUGAUAUUCUGUUGAUGCAUGGCAGAAUUUCUCAGCACUUUGUGGCUGAAAUGUUCGUAAUACAUCAAAAGCAUAUCAGAUUUGUCUCCACUGUAUGAAAAAUAUUCUAUCUUUUCUAGGAUGAAACAUUUCUUUGAAAACUCCUUGUUCAUUGUUUAAACAUUCUAGCAAAACCCAAAUGUGGUGUUGUGUUGCUCAACAAAGUGGAGGACAGUCAAUGAGUAGUUGUAACUGUGGGUUUUGUCAUAUCUGUCAUAUGUAUCUCCUGGUUUUUAUUAUUUCUAUAGUAAGGCUCAUUGUUUUUGGUUUUGAUCUGCUGUAAUAGAUCGGUUACUAUAUUGAUGGGUUUUUUUUGUAUAAUUCCCAAAUUUUCAAAAGAGAUCAUUUCCAUUUGGUUGUUUUUUGGUGUUAAAAGAAAACCAAUGUUUAAAUAUGCAAAUAUUUUAUUGAUUCAUUUCCGUAUUGAUAUUGUCAAGCCCACACUGUAUUAGUUAGGGUUUCAGAGGGAACAAAACCAUUUUUUUUUAAAUUUCAUUCCACUGAACAUUCCCUCAUACUGAUAGAGAACAAUGAGUUGGAGUUGAGUACACACACUGCGUCAUCUACUGAUGACGCAAACCUUUCAUUCUCCAAACCUUUCAUUCUGUUAUGUCAAGGAAAGUGCCAAAUGUUUAAACUACUGUAAUGGGGCUUUUCAUGCUACGGCAGCAAAAAUGUGAAUGGAAAUAUAAUUAAAUGACAAUGAUGAAAUAUUUGAUCUUUCUAUAUUUGGAAAACUGUUGGCAGUAUUUAGUGGUGAUCCUGUUGUAGGUACACAUCCCAUCCCACCAUUCAUGUCAUGGAAAAAAAAAAUUCUGCUGCAGUUCUUGCAUGUUUCCACUUGGUCUGAGAGUUGCUAUAAAAGUUAAGGACUGUAUUACAUUAUCACUGAGACUUUUUUUUUACCUGUACAAUUGCUUUCCCUGCUAUGGUUUGAUUUAAUUUCCACUUUCCUUCCUUGUUUUUGUUAGUUUGUUAAGUUGUACUGUCUUGUUUACUAACAACAAAAGAGAACGUUCUAAUGCAGCUUAUGUUUUAAUUUCAAUAAAAUGUCUAGUGUG